AUGCAGGACACGUAUCCCCCGGCCUCCGCUUUGAAGCUCGAGCUUAUAAAUGUGAACCGACCAAAGAAGCAGCUCGUCAUCACGGAGACACAACACCAGCGAGUUAACAAAUUAAAAGCCUUUUUAGUGCCAGUCCAGCUGAAGUAUUCGAGCUCAGGGAGGCUCACGGUUUCGUUCGAUCCAAUCCUUUGGACAAGUUCAGCGAUGGCUUCUCGUCAGCAGCAUCCUGCUAGCUACCACGCCGGCGAGACCAAGGCCCGUGCCGAGGAGAAGACGGGCCAAGUGAUGGGUGCGGCGCAGGAGAAAGGGCGGGAGGCCAAGCACAAGGCGGCCGACGCCGCGGACCGCGCCAUGGGGAUGGGCCACGACGCCAGGGAGGCGACCAGGGAGAAGGCGCGCGACGCCGCGGACCGGAGCAUGGGGAUGGGCCACGACGCCAAGGAGGCGACCAAGGACAGGGCGUACCGGGCCAAGGACGCGGCCUCCGACGCCGCUGGCCGCGCCACGGGCAAGGCGCGCGGCGCCGCGGAGGCCACCAGGGAGAAGGCCUGCGAGUCCAGGGACAGCGCGUCCGACGGCGCGCAGCAGACCGGGAGCUACAUCGCGCAGACGGCCGAGGCCGCCAGGCAGAAGGCGGCCGGCGCCGCGCAGUACGCCAAGGACACCGUGGUGGCCGGCAAGGACAAGACCGGCGCCCUCCUGCAGCAGGCAGGGGAGAAGGUGAUGAGCACGGCCGUGGGGGCCAAGGACACGGUUGUGAACACAGCCGUGGGAGCAAAGGACGCGGUGAUGAACUCGCUCGGCAUGGCCGGCGAGAACAACGACGGCACCACCGGCACCACCAACGCCGGCAAGGACACCAGCACCCGCAAGCCUGGCAGGGACUAUUAG